AUGCUCUUCAAGAUCUAUGUGUUGCUGAUAAAUCUCACGAUUUAUGCGUGUACUCAAGCUCUCUCGAGCUCUCUCAUUGUUACUUUCAACUAUAAAGCCAGUGUUCACGAGAAGCUACUGCGAUUUGGGCAAUGUACGUCACUCGUGUUUGAAAUUCCCAUCAGAUUAGCGAGAAUUGAUGAGAAAGUUCCACAGCUUCCAUACCUGAGAAUCUGCCUUGUCAGGCCUGCUUGGACUUAUGGCCUUUCCCAUGUGGUAUGGAUCGAACUGCUCCAAUUCAGUUUUCGAGAUGUCCAUCCCUCGCUCCUGGACUUCGUUAGACAUGGUGGAGGCUUUGGCUCGGAGAGGUGGUACUUGGCACACUCUCUCGAGAGUGCAGGUGCCUGGCAUUCCUUGGUCAACUCUUCUCUUCAAGUGCUUAGUUAA